AUGGGGAGUCAGAUCAUGACUGCCUCCCAAUCAAAGCUUGAAAGCCCGAGGCUUUUCUCUGGCCAGUUGCCUGCAGAAGAGUCCCAGGCUCGAAGAGCCUUUCUGGAGGAGUUCGGGGCCGAGCCCGAGCUGGCCGUGUCGGCACCGGGCCGCGUCAACCUCAUCGGGGAGCACACGGACUACAACCAGGGCCUGGUGCUGCCCAUGGCUCUGGAGCUUGUGACCGUGCUGGUGGGCAGCCCCCGGGCGGAUGGGCUUGUCUCCCUCCUUACCACCUCUGAGGAUGCCGAUGAGCCUCGGCGGUUGCAGUUUCCACUGCCCACAACCCAGCGGCCACUGGAACCAGGGACCCCCCACUGGGUCAACUAUGUCAAGGGGGUGAUUCAGCACUACCCAGCGGCCCCCCUCCCUGGCUUCAGUGCAGUGGUGGUCAGCUCAGUGCCCCUGGGGGGUGGGCUGUCCAGCUCAGCAUCCCUGGAAGUGGCCACGUAUACCUUCCUGCAGCAGCUCUGCCCAGACUCGGGGGCAAUAGCUGCCCGGGCCCAGGUGUGUCAGCGGGCCGAGCACAGCUUCGCAGGGGUGCCCUGUGGCAUCAUGGACCAGCUCAUCGCACUGCUGGGGCAGAAAGGCCACGCGCUGCUCAUUGACUGCAGGUCCCUGGAGACAAGCCUGGUUCCGCUGUCGGACCCCAAGCUGGCUGUGCUCAUCACCAACUCCAAUGUCCGCCACUCACUGGGCUCCAGUGAAUACCCACUGCGGCGACGCCAGUGUGAGGAAGUGGCCCGGGCGCUGGGCAAGGAGAGCCUUCGGGAGGUGCAGCUGGAGGAGCUGGAGGCUGGCAGAGAGCUGAUGAGCAAGGAGGCCUUCCGGCGGGCACGGCACGUGGUGGGUGAGAUCCAGCGCACGGCCCAGGCAGCGGCCGCCCUGAGCCGUGGGGACUACAGAGCCUUCGGCCGCCUCAUGGUGGAGAGUCACCACUCGCUCAGGGACGACUAUGAGGUGAGCUGCUCUGAGCUGGAUCAGCUGGUAGAGGCUGCGCUGUCUGCACCCGGGGUUUAUGGCAGCCGCAUGACGGGUGGUGGCUUCGGUGGCUGCACGGUGACCCUGCUGGAGGCCUCUGCUGCUUCCGCAGUGAUGCGGCACAUCCAGGAGCAGUACAGUGGUACCGCCACCUUCUACCUCUCCCAGGCUGCUGAUGGCGCCAAGGCUCUGCGCUUGUGAGGCCCUUGCCCAGGACAGCACACAGCAGGCUUGCCCUCCAGUCUGGGUGUUCAAUAAACUUGUACCUCUGACUAUGA